AUGCCAACUGCCAUCAAUGCCGCGGUGGCUCAGCAGACGGCUGCUGGGUCACUUCCCAGCGCUACCGUUAACCACCCAGUUGAAGGUCCAGGUGGGGGUACGGGAGGGAUUUAUUCUGCCAUAAUCAGUCGCAACCAGCACAUUAUCAGAGUAAAGGAAAAGACCUAUGAAGAGCUUCACAAGAAAUGCCUGGAGGAAAACAUUCUCUAUGAAGAUCCUGAUUUCCCACCUAACGAGACCUCCCUCUUCUAUAGCCAGAAAAUCCCCAUCAAGUUUGAAUGGAAAAGACCCCGUGAAAUCUGUGAGAAUCCUCGCUUUAUUAUUGGUGGAGCCAACAGAACAGAUAUUUGCCAAGGAGAAUUAGGUGACUGCUGGUUCCUGGCAGCCAUUGCUUGCCUGACACUGAAUAAAAAACUCCUCUGCAGGGUCAUCCCUCACGACCAGUCCUUUAUACACAACUAUGCCGGCAUCUUUCACUUCCAGUUCUGGCGCUACGGAGACUGGGUGGACGUCGUCAUCGAUGACUGCCUGCCCACCUACAACAACCAGCUGGUCUUCACCAAGUCCUCCCAGCGCAACGAGUUCUGGAGCGCUCUCCUGGAAAAGGCCUAUGCCAAACUCCAUGGUUCCUAUGAGGCUUUGAAAGGGGGCAACACCACAGAGGCCAUGGAGGACUUCACGGGAGGAGUGACAGAGUUCUACGAGAUAAGAGAUGCCCCAAAGGACAUCUAUAAAAUUAUGAAGCAUGCGAUUGACAGAGGCUCCCUCAUGGCCAGCUCAAUUGAUGAUAAUUUAGGCUUUUCCUAUGGAUCAGCUCCUCGCAGUGACAUUGGGGAAAUGAUUGCUCGAAUGGUGAAGAACCUAGAAAAUGCACAGAUGACCCAAUCUACCGCGGACUACCCGGAGACGGACGAACGAUCAGAGGAAUGGAACUUAAUUAACGAAUCCGAGAAAACCCGCUUGCAGCAUAAGAUUGCAGAAGAUGGGGAAUUCUGGAUAUCCUUUGAGGACUUCAUGAGACACUUCACAAAACUUGAGAUCUGCAACCUCACACCUGACACCCUGGAAGCUGAUAAGCUCCAGACCUGGACUGUGUCAGUCAACGAGGGGCGCUGGGUGAGAGGCUGCUCAGCUGGAGGUUGCCGCAAUUACCCAG